AUGUCUGCCAAGUCGAUCACCGAGGCCGAUGGCAAGGCCAUCCUCAACUACCACCUCACCCGCGCACCCCUCAUCAAGCCCUCGCCUCUGACGGCCCAGCCCAAGCACAACCCGCCGCCGAAGCUGGCCUCGCUGUACUUCCCCGAGGACGCCGACAUCGCUGGUAUUCUGGACCAGGCCGAGGCCACCUACCCCUGGCUGCUGGCCCCAGGUGCCAAGUUCGUCGCAAAGCCAGACCAGCUGAUCAAGAGACGAGGAAAGAGCGGUCUUCUGGCCCUGAACAAGACCUGGCCCGAGGCCAAGGCGUGGGUUGCUGAGCGCGCUGGCAAGGAGCAGAAGGUCGAGCACGUCACGGGCGUCUUGAGGCAAUUCCUGGUCGAGCCUUUCGUUCCCCACCCCGACGGCACCGAGUACUACAUCAACAUCAACUCGGUCAGGGAUGGCGACUGGAUUCUCUUCACCCACGAGGGCGGUGUCGAUGUUGGUGAUGUCGAUGCCAAGGCGGAGAAGCUUCUGAUCCCUGUGGAUCUCUCAGAAUACCCUUCCAACGAGCAGAUCGCCAGCGCUCUGCUGAAGAAGGUUCCCGAGGGUGUGUUCAAUGUCCUGGUCGACUUCAUCACGCGCCUGUACGCUGUCUACGUCGACUGCCAGUUCACCUACCUUGAGAUCAACCCCCUCGUUGUCAUCCCCAACGAGGAUGCCACCUCGGCCUCGGUGCACUUCCUGGAUCUUGCUGCCAAGCUCGACCAGACGGCCGAUUUCGAGUGUGGUGUCAAGUGGGCCAUCGCCCGCUCACCAGCCGCGCUGGGCCUGGCCACUGUUGCCAACAGCGGUACUGUCAACAUCGACGCUGGCCCGCCAAUGGAGUUCCCGGCCCCCUUCGGUCGCGAGCUGACAAAGGAGGAGGCAUAUAUCGCUGAGCUGGACGCCAAAACGGGCGCCUCGCUCAAGCUGACGGUCCUCAACGCUAACGGCCGCAUCUGGACCCUGGUCGCUGGUGGUGGUGCCUCGGUCGUCUACGCUGACGCCAUCGCCUCAGCAGGCUUUGCCGACGAGCUGGCCAACUACGGCGAGUACUCGGGUGCUCCUACCGAGUCGCAGACCUACCACUAUGCUCGCACCGUGCUGGACCUCAUGCUGAGGGCACCAGUCUCGUCUGGGGGCAAGGUCCUCUUCAUCGGUGGUGGCAUUGCCAAUUUCACCAACGUCGCAUCCACCUUCAAGGGUGUCAUCAGGGCGCUGCGCGAGUACGCCAAGGCCCUGAACGAGCACAACGUCAGCAUCUGGGUCCGCCGCGCUGGCCCCAACUACCAGGAGGGUCUGAGAAACCUCAAGGCUGCGACGCAGGAGCUGGGCCUGAACGCCAAGAUCUUUGGCCCCGAGAUGCACGUUUCGGGCAUCGUCCCGCUGGCUCUGAUCCCCGGCAAGUGGGAGGAGGGCAACUUUGAGGAGUUCAAGGGCUAG